AUGUCUAUUUCGAGUCUGCAAGUAGCUGAACCAGCGCAUCCGUUCGUCCUGAUCACGGGUGUCAUUGCAGGGAUAUCGAUUGGCGUUGCGAUUCUAGUUACACUCGUGCUCUGCCUGUUAUUGUGGUUGAUCCACCAUCGGAAGCGCGCAAAAGAGGCAGAUAGCGUUGCGUUUAACGCGACAGAUGGCCAGCCAUUUGCCGAGAUGGAGGGUCAUGUGUUCCCCGAGCUAGUUUGUUUGGAGUCUCAACCAAGGGAUGUAGCGAGUCUAGACUCAGGAUCGAUACUGAGUACCAUAUCUGAGGUAGGUGAUGGUAGAGAGGACAGUAUCCAAGAGCCGAUUGCUGCUGCGACUGAGAAGUGGUACCCCCCACCAGGGUGGAUGUGA